AUGGCCAUGAUCCCUGCCGCGCCUGACUCGCCGCCCGAUCUGUCCGGCUCCAAGUCCUCCAAGUCGUCCUCCUUCCACUCCUCCUCCCACCGCUCCAGCCCCGAUGGCAUUCUCGCCGACAUCUCGCACUUCGAGGACAUCGGCCUCGACGAGGACCCCGACGUGAGGCAGAUCGAGCACUCCCACCUCGGCCACGACCACAAGCUCGCCUUCCGCCCGUCCCUGCGACGCAUCUCCAAUGGCCGCGGCGCCAUGCGCAACGGCACCACCACCACCACCACCACCCCGCUCGCCCCCGUGAGGGAGCUCACCUCCCCACCGAAGAAGAACAACUACCCGCAGCUCAAGGUGCAGAUCGACGGCGCCCUGAACGCCAUGCACUCGCUGGCCCUGCCUCGCCGGGACCUGUCUGGCCGACGGGGCCACAGCCCAUCGAGCCCUCUACGCCCACACCAGCCGCCCUUUUCCCACCCACGCUCUCGCUCCCCGUCCCCGAACAAUGCCGCCCCCAGCCUCUCUCCGCUGAUGCCGCCGGCGCCGCGCUCGCGAAGCCGCCCGCCGCCCAUCCCAACGGGCGCCUUCCGCUCCGCCUCCCGGCCGCCCCGGAAAAGCACCCAGGAACUGGAGGAUGAAUACCACGACUCCGACGACGAACUGCCCGAGGACGCCGCGCUGUGGAACGUUCCCAUCUCCCCGCGGCCGCCGCAUGAGCGUCCGCCGGACGGGAAUACUGAUAGUAAUAGUCGAUCGCCCAGUCGAAGUCCCGGGCCUCGUCCGAUUCCCCUACAACACGCCAAGUCGAGCCCGCCGGCGCCGCCGCGCUCGCCGUCGUCCGCCUCGCCUCCGCGACAUAGCAGCGCGCGUCCCAAGCUUUUGAGAUCCAGCUCUAUGGGCAACCUGCGGGGCCACGGCGGCCGGCCUCCGCCAGCCAGUGCACGGAAGGUGGUCUUGUCUGAAUUGUCGGAGGAGGCCAAGAUCCUGACGGAGGCGCUGGAAUUCCACGCGGACGCGUCGGCACGCCGGCACGAAGAGCGCGUGCAGGGCGGGAAAGCCGCCGCCGCCGCCAAAUCUAGCUUCGACGCGGCGAGGCGCGAGUCCGGCAGCAUGAUGGAGCUCCCGCCGCUUCAGAGGCCGAAUAUCAUGAUCGAUCCGCUGCCGAUUAGCAAGGAGAAGGAGAAGGUCCUGUCGCGAACGAGACCGAGCUGGCUGCCUCCGAAGGAUCAAAAGGAGGAGAAGAGGCAUCUGAAGGAAUACAAGAAAAUGAUGGCUUUGUCGCGUGAAGCUGAAAAGCGGAAAGCUGCCCAGGCUGCCUCCGCACAGUGUAAGCGGGAUGACACGCGCAAGAUGCUACAGCGCAUUUGGGACGAAUACGUGUUUCCUAACUGGGAUCACGCCAUCAAGGAGCCGCGCACCCGUGAGCUGUGGUGGCAUGGCAUCACUCCCCGGUCGCGAGGAGCAGUCUGGCAACGCGCCAUUGGCAACGGGCUUGCGCUGACGGAGGAAUCCUUCCACAAGGCGCUUGAGCGGGCGCGCCAGCUUCAGGCCAAAUGUGCAGACGAUACCUCGGGAGUGUACGCCAGAGCCCGUGAGCAGUUCGAAGCUAUUCGCCGCGACACGGCGACCGCGUUCCCAGACUUGAAGCUCUUCAUGGAGGGCGGCCCGUUGUAUGAGAGUGUGGUGCAGGUUCUGGAUGCUUACUGCAUGUAUCGCAGCGAUGUCGGGUACCUCUAUGGCCUCCACACCAUCGCCGCCCUCCUCGUCUUGCAACUCCACACACCCGCCUCGGCCUUCCAGACGCUCGCCAAUGCGCUCAACCGCCCGGUCCCGCUGGCCUUCCUCACCGCCGACCCCGGCGCCAUGGCGCGCGCCUACUCGCUCGCAUCGGCCACCCUCCGGCUCAAAUUCCCGCGGCUGUCCACGCACCUGUGCGAGAACCUGUACCUGACCGACAGCCAGAUCUGGGAGCCCAUGUUCCGCACGCUGUUCACCAACGGGCUCGACAUCGAGCGGCUCAGCCGCGUGUGGGACUGCUGGGUGUUCGAGGGCGACCGCGUGCUGUUCCGCGCCGCCGUCGCCGUGCUCGGCUGCCUCGAGGCGCAGCUCCUGAGCCUCUCGCCCGGCGAGGACGGCGCCGCCGCCGCCGCCGGCCAGGACAAGGCUGCUGGCAUCUUGGGCUUCGGCGCGAAGAGGAUGGGCGUGGGCAGGAGAAAGUCGGCGCCCGUGCAGGGCCUGGCGUCGUCGUUGUCGUCGUCUUCUUCGUCUUCAUCUUCGUCGUCGUCGUCAUUGCCGGCGGCGGCGGCAGCGCCGGCCCUGGAUGAGAGGUACUGGGCUGUCGAAGUGGUGGGCGACGAGGAGGCGUUUAUGAGCAUUGUUCGCGAGGCGGGGAGAUGA